UACAACACGAGUCGGUUGCCUCCGAGCGGUCGGCGUUCUACUGUCGAGCACUCGAAAACUUCACUUCGAUUCCGCAACAGAAUUGGCCAAAAAAAUAAACUAAAUAAAUAAAAGCAAAAGUAGCCAGAGAAAAGAAGUUUCGCGAUUAGGCGGAAAUUAGUCGAGCAAAUAGUCAUUCAAGUGCGAGUGAAAAUCGCGAGUGUAUCAAUUCGAUUGAGUGGCCAAAAUGAUUGAGCGGCGCAGUCAGCUGGAUAAGAUAAUCAUCACCGCCAUGGACCGAUUCGUCUGGUUUGUCCUACUCGUGGUCAUGUCCCAUCUGGUCACCGAGUUCACCCGCGUCGCUGGAUAUGCGCGUGGCCAGCGCCACGAGCUGGUGCUGCUGAACGAUACGCUGCUGCAGCCCAUGCCCGUCCAGAACAUGGUGCUCUACCCCAGCCAGGAGUACGGCCAGUACCAGCAGCGACCCUCCUCCUCCGCCUCCGCAUCCUCCUCCAUGGGAGCCAUGAGCAGCCUGCAGCAGAACGCGGCUUUCCUGCUCAGCAGCUUGGCGGCGGGAGUGAGCCCGGCAAAUGGAGCAGCUGCACCCGGAGCAGCGGUGCCCGGCAGCAACGCGGCCAUUCUGGCCCUCGGCAAUAGCCAACCGGCUCACACGGCCGAGAGCACGUACCCCAUGUUCAGCCUGCGUCCGCUGAUCGACAGCAUUUUCGAGAUUCCGAUUUCGACGCUGCGUGCUGUCAACAACCUGGUGGGUCGCCUGACCGGCGGGUAUCGUCAGGCGCCGGCUGAAAUGGCGCAAAAAUCCGUGGCAGCUGGAACGGCGCUGCCGCCCGGCAGGCAAAACCCCACGCUGAGUGCCCAUCCCAGUGGGCAACGGAUGCGCGAGGAGAUGGCGUAAUCUUAGGCCGCCUUUUUAGCCAGUAGCUGUGCGUGAAUGUUGUAGUUUCUGUCAGUGUAUGUUUCGAGUGCGUUCUUCGUGUGCAUUUUGACCUUUGUGAUAUAUGUGACUUUGCUGUAAGCCUAGACUAAGGAUAUUUAUGUCCAGCCACAAGAAAAUUCCAAAAAAAUAUUAGAGUGUAGAAUAAAUGUUAUGUGUA